AUGGCUGACUUCUGCGCAGUCCCGGUGCAACCUUGCCAUGUCCAGUCCAGCAGCUUGCCAUCAGCUUCUUGCCCCAUUGCGCUCAAGGCUGAAGACGAGCUUCACAAGCUGAAGACUUGUGUGAGUUCAUCAUCUUUAUCAGCACAGAUGAUGUGCAAUGGGUUGAAAGGGCUUGGGGAUCUCCAUGACUGCAUAAAGGAGCUUCUUUGCUUGCCAAGCAACCAACAAGUUCUCUCCCAUUCAUUACAAGAGAAUUGGAUAGAAGAAGAACUUGAUGGGUCAAUCAGAUUGCUGGAUCCCUGUAGAGACAUGAGGGAUAGCUUGGCUACAACGAAAGAGCAUGUUCAGGACCUUCGAUCAGCUCUACGAAGAAGAGGUGACAACGUUAUCAAAGGCAAGGUACAUAGCUACAUUAGCUCAAGACAGAAGGCAAACAAAGAUAUCAAGAAUUGCUUGAGAUCAUGGAAGAAGUUGGCAGGCAACUGUGGAUGUCCUUCUGACAUCAAUAAAGAUUGCAAUCUAUCAUGUGGUUAGGCUGUUCAUAUCUCUCUCCUCCAAUCUUUGUUGUCAUUCUGGUCGGCGUCAAGCCCUACAGCAAAGACCGGCAGGUGGUCUUUUGUUUCAAAGACAUCGCACAAGAGGAAGGUGGCCUGUGAAGGGGAGAAUGAGGAUACAAGUGAUGAUGUUGAUGAGGAGAGGAUAUUGAAGGCACAAAAUCAAUUGUGGACAUUGGAAAUCAACAUUGAAGGUCUUGAAAAUGGAUUAGAGUGCUUGUUCAGGCAAAUAAUCCAAAGUAGAGUCUCUCUUCUUAACAUCCUCAGCUUAUAG